AUGGCCGAGCAAGAGCCGCACUCGCUCGCAUCCACAUUCCCCAAUCCGCCUCCUUUCUGGAGAGACUUCACUCCAGAUAGAGUCGCGCGAAUCGAGGACCUACGCAGCGCCUUCGCCGGCGGUGCCAGCGAGCAAGCGUCCUCAUCCUCACCCGUCGUCCGCAUCCCAGGCCUCCCAGAGGAAUUGGCGAAUCUACAACCGCCCCCCGAGCCAGCAGACGGACGAUGGCGAGUAUUCGGCGAUCAAUACAUGCUCGACGACAAACUCCCCACCCUAGAAGAACAAGGUAUCACCAACCUCUCCACCACAGGGCCAUCCGAGUCCAAGGACGCAAAACACUACGACCGCGCCUUUGAGCUCAAAAAACUCGUCAAGUCUCUGCUCCUCAACUUCCUCGAGCUGUCGGGCACGCUGUCGCGCAACCCCACCGACGCAGAAGCCAAGAUUCAAGACCUGCGCACGCUGUUCAUCAACAUUCACCAUAUUUUGAAUGAGUAUAGACCGCAUCAGGCGCGGGAGUCGGCUAUUGCCAUGAUGCAGAACCACUUGGAUAAGACGCGGGACGAGACCGUUGCGAUAAGGACGCAGGUUGAAAAGGCGAGGAAAGUGCUUGAGGGACUGGGGAGUAUGGGACUGGGCGAGAUGGACGUCGGUAGGGACGAGGGUGCGGGGGAUGGAGUAGAUGAGAAAGAGAGGCUGAGAGUUCAGAGGGAGAUGGAGGUGUGGGCUGCUACGGAUGCGGAGUUUGCAUAG